AUGAAUGAAGAAAAUACCGAUUCAAAUUCAUCAACUACGGUUGAUGAUGAGGAGAUUCUCGAGAAAUUUAAAUUAGAUCGGAAUAAAAUUCAAACAGCAACAUUAAUCGAUGAAAACGAUGAAAUUAAUCAGCUUGGUUUAAGCGUUUUCAACCAGUCAGAUCUUGAGCAGGGUCUCAUUGAUCAAGUGGAUAAUGUUGUAUCGCAUCAAGAACGACAACAUAAAUCAAUUCAUAUUGAAAAACAAAUUCAAUCACUUGAACAAAUCAACAGUUCUCUUCGACGAAAUAUAUCUGCAAAACAACAAAUAUUAUCUACGAUCGAUCAAGCAACCUAUCUUGCAUCAAGAAAAGAUGUUCAAAAAGCAAAUAUUGAAAAAAACAUCAAAGAAUUAAAACAACAAUUAGCAAAGAAUACUUCGAAACUCAAUUCGCUUAAAACUGAACUUAUAGGUCUUUCACCUAUCGAUGAAGAAACUUCAGAUAAUCUUACUACAAGAUCAACGACUUCAACGAAUCUUCUCGAUACAUUAAUGCCUACGCUACGCAAUUAUGAUGAGAAUGGUCUUCUCAAAUCAACAACAGAUCAAGAUGAACCUCUAACAUCGUUCGAUUCAUUUAUGCAAAGUCUUGAUGAUGAAUAUGAUGUACGAAAACAAUCAAAGAAUAAAACCGUUAAAAAGAAACCUGCUGAAACAAAGAAAACUACUGUUGAACCAUCAACACCUCUAACACUUGAUGGUCCCAUUCAAUAUCGCGAUAAAAAGCCCAAGAAAAAAUCUUCACCGAUUAAGCAGAAAAAAACGCAAACAAAAAAACAAACAGUCAUAAGUUCUUCGUCAUCCGAUGAGGAAACUGAGCCAAGUAACAUGGUUUAUGACGAAGAUAAUGCUUGGUUCGAAAGUGAUGAAGAUGAAAAACAACGUUUAGUUGAUCACGAUGAAGAUUUAUAUGAACCGAAAAAAAAGAAAACACGAACAUUAGCAAAGGAUGAUGGUGAUGAUCGACAAUAUUUGACACGUUUACAAGAUUUCUAUGCUGAUAAAAAACCUCCGAGUCACACAAUUAAUGGGGAAAAUGAUGAUGUCGAAAUUGGUAAAGGUUUUUGGAUACCAUCAAGUAUUUGGAAUAGAUUAUUCAAUUAUCAACGAGCUGGUGUCAAAUGGUUGUGGGAAUUGCAUGAUCAAAAAUGUGGUGGAAUCAUCGCCGAUGAAAUGGGCCUGGGAAAAACUAUUCAAAUCAUUGCUUAUCUAGCUGCAUUUCAUUAUAGUCGAGUUCGUGAUCCUCAAAAUUCUCAUCGUGGUCUUGGACCAGUAUUAAUUGUAUGUCCAUCUACAUUACUUCAUCAAUGGGUUCAUGAAUUUCACCAAUGGUGGCCUGAAUUUCGUGUGGCUGUUUUACAUGAAAGUGGUUCAUUUCAAGGAAAGAAAGGCGACCGGCUAAUUCAUAAGAUGGGUACAACAGCUGCUGGUAUUCUAGUUACAUCAUACGCAAAUAUUCUUAUUCAUUAUAAUACUUUAUUAUCUUAUACGUGGCAUUAUUUUAUCUUAGACGAAGGCCAUAAAAUACGUAAUCCCGAUGCUCAAAUAACUACCGCAUGUAAAUCGUUUCGAACACCUCAUCGUCUAAUUUUAUCGGGUUCGCCAAUGCAAAAUAAUUUACGUGAAUUAUGGUCAUUAUUUGAUUUUGUUUUCCCCGGAAAACUAGGUACACUACCAACAUUUAUGGAAUAUUUUGCUAUACCUAUAACACGUGGUGGUUAUGCCAAUGCGAAUCCCAUUGAAGUACACACAGCCUAUAAAUGUGCAUGUAUAUUACGUGAUACAAUAAAAAAAUAUCUUAUUCGUCGAAUAAAAUCCGAACAAAAUGUUGUUUUAAAAUUACCAACAAAAAAUGAACAAGUACUUUUCUGUCGUUUGACUAAGACGCAACGACAUAUUUAUAAAGAAUAUUUAAAAUCACAACAAUGUAAAGAUAUUCUGAAAGGAGGCACACAAAUCUUUGUUGGUUUAAUUAAUCUACGCAAAAUUUGUAAUCAUCCUGAUUUAUAUACUGAUUGGUCAGAUUAUCGUCCUGAAUAUGGUGAAGAUGUCGAUGAAAUUAGACAGUUUGGCUAUCCGAAACGUUCAGGAAAAAUGGUUGUACUGGAAACAUUAUUAAAAAUUUGGCACAAACAAAAUAAUCGUUGUCUUCUGUUUACACAAAGUAAACAAAUGCUUAAUAUUCUCGAAGGAUUUUUAAUGAAACAUAAUUAUUCAUAUCUAACAAUGGAUGGAACAACAUCAAUUGCAUCGAGACAAGGGCUUGUUUCAAAAUUUAAUACCGAUUCAUCGAUAUUUGUAUUUCUUCUAACAACUCGCGUUGGUGGCCUUGGAAUAAAUUUAACCGGUGCAAAUCGUGUUUUAAUCUUUGAUCCUGAUUGGAAUCCAUCAACAGAUAUGCAAGCCCGAGAACGAGCUUGGCGUAUAGGUCAAACAAAAAAUGUAACAAUCUAUCGACUAUUAACAUCUGGUACAAUUGAAGAAAAAAUCUAUCAUAGACAAAUUUUUAAGCAAUUUUUAACAAAUCGUGUUCUUCAAGAUCCAAAACAACGACGUUUCUUUAAAUCAAACGAUCUCCAUGAAUUAUUUCGUUAUGAUGAUGAACAUGAUAGUGACGACGAACGUACGGAAACAUCGAUUCUAUUGGCUGGAACAAAUUCAGAAAUCAAUUUAAAAGAAAAUUAUAAUAGAAGAAAACGAAAGCGAAAUGCCAAAUUCGAAGGCGAACGUGUACCAAAUUUAUCAAAAAUUGAUAGUAAAAUAACAACGAAUCAACAAGACGUACAAAAUGAUAUUGAUAAAGAAAAAGAUGAUUAUGUAUUAAGUAAAUUGUUUAAAAAAUCUGUUGUUCAUAGUGCCCUUCAGCAUGAUACUAUUGUUGAUCAUUCUAUCAACGAUAAUGUAUUUAUUGAAGCCGAGGCUCAUCGUUAUGCAGAAGAAGCUGUCAAAGCACUGAAAAAAUCGGCUCAAGAAUGUUAUUCAGCCGAAAGUGGAAUACCCAAUUGGGGAGGAAGAAAUGUGCCACAUAUACGUCGAUUUGGUUCUCGUACAACUAAAGAUGUUAUUAAACAAGAUGAAGAAGAACCUUCAUCUUCUUCGUCGAUCGUUCGAAAAUUAAAUGCUCGACCUUCGAGUGCAUCGAAUGGUUUACUUAAAGAUAUUCGAGAACGAAAACGUGAACAAUCGGGUUUUGUCGUCCAAACAAACGGUGGACCAAUAGAAAAUGAUGCUGAUGACGAAGAUACAUCGAAUGGUGAAGGUUUAAAAUUAAUUCGUGAACUAAAAGAUUAUCUAAAAGUCGGUACAUCUAUUCGUGGUAAAGCAACAACAGCGGAAAUCAUUGAUCACUUUCAAAGUCGUCUGGAUGGAAAACCUGGUCUCGUACCAAAAUUUAAGUCACUAUUAAAACAAAUUGCUAGUCUUGAACGAUCACCAUCUGGAAUUGGUUUUUGGAUGUUAAAAGAAGAAUUCCGAGGAACAUAA